UGCGCAGUCGAUUACAAACAAUACGCAGAAAAGGAUAACAACAGACAUUCGACAAUAACACAGUAUUCACGCAAUUCCUGCUUCAUUCCUGCUUCAAACAUUAAUUAUUUAGAGAGAGAGUUGCUGAUUUGUGCUAUAAAACUAUAUUCCAAAGAAUCAAAAUUUACCAAAACAGGACAAGAAGACGAAGAAGAAAGAAUACAAAAAACCGCAGCUGCAUCGAAACAUAGCAAAGUUGUGCACAACGCUGAAGAAUCUGUAUACGGUCCGGAAAUAAAAUUACACCCGUCCACCAACACACUACAGCUGUCGUCACAUCGCUCCCAGCAGGAAGAGCAGGCUGGAAAUAUAAGCGAUCUGCACCGAAAUAGAGCACGUAAGCGUAAACGAUCGUGUUAAUGCAGUAUUCGUCGCUGCUGGUACUGGCGCAAGCGUUCCAUUACCACGCCGACUGCGAUCGUGAGCAGUUCACGCGGUAGCUGCGUAUUUCCACUGUGUCGGAUUGCUGCACACAUGUGUUUUAUCCAUCGUCCACUGUUGCUGACCGUCGUGAGUGUUGAGUGAAAAAGGUGGAAAUUCUCCAUCCGUACAGCAGGAAGCCGAGAGCGAGUGCUGAAAGAAUCGAACGGAUAAGGAUAUCCGCACCAGAGCGUGCGGCGGUGCCACAGGAUGGCGCCUUCGUUCACCAAAUAUUGGUGGGCAGUUCUGGUAAUCCUGUCGCUGGACUGGCUAUCAUCUUCUGCAGCCGAUAAUGCAACUUCCAAAGAACCGAUCAUUUUCACCGUGGCGAGCAACGCAACGGAGGGCUAUGUGCGCUAUCUCCGAUCGGCGAAACACUACGGCCUCACCGUGACGACACUCGGCAUGGGCAAACCGUGGCUCGGCGGGAACAUGAAAUCGGUCGGUGGAGGGUACAAGAUUAAUUUACUCCGCGAAGCGCUCAAACCGUACCGCGCGGAGAAAGAUCGCCUGGUGCUGUUUACCGACAGCUACGACGUGCUGUUCCUGGCACCGUGGGCCAAGAUCCAGGAAAAGUUUGCCACCUUCGAUGCGUCGAUCGUGUUCGGAGCGGAGGGAUUUUGCUGGCCGGAUGAAUCGCUGAAAAGUGCCUAUCCUUCGCUUGAAGGGCGUGGAAUGCGGUUUUUGAAUUCGGGUCUGUUUAUGGGGUACGCGGACAAGCUGUACAAGCUGCUGAAGACACCGUCAAAGGACACGGAAGACGAUCAACUGUACUACACAAAGGCGUACCUGGACGAGGAGCUGCGCCAGGAGCUUAACAUUAAGCUCGAUCAUACGGCCACCUUGUUCCAGAACCUGAAUGGUGUGGAAGAGCAGGUUGUGCUGUCGCUUGAGCCGACGGAGAAGGAAGCUACGCUGACAAACUCCGAGUACAACACAAAACCAGCGAUCGUACACGGUAACGGGCCUAGCAAGUUGACGCUCAACAGUUACGCCAACUAUCUUGCCGGAGCGUUUGUUGAUGGUGAGUGCCAAACGGUGCAAGAAGAUCGAGUAACGCUCGAGAAAGAUGGCCCGCUGCCGCUCGUAACGAUGGCACUGUACGUGGAGAAACCGACGCCCUUCCUGGAGGAAUGGUUCGGAACGAUUGCGAAACUCAACUAUCCGGCCGAUCGGUUGGAUGUGCUGGUACACUCGAACGUAGCGUACCAUGCGGCGACCGUAAAAGCAUUCGUCGAUCGACACGAGGGACACUAUCGGUCGCUGAAGGUGAUCGAGCACGAUGCAGACUUUACGGAAACGGCCGCCCGGAACUUUGCCGCGAAGCACUGUGAGCAGCGCGGAUGUGACUAUCUGUUCGUCGUCGAUUCGGAAGGACAUUUGGAUGAUGCGAAUGUGCUGCGAUCGCUGAUAGAGGCGAAUCGGAACGUGAUCGCACCGGUUCUGACACGUCCGGAGAAAGUGUGGAGCAACUUCUGGGGAGCUCUCAGUGGGCAAGGGUUCUAUGCCCGCUCGAACGAUUACAUGGACAUUGUGAGCCGCAAACUGCUCGGGCUGUGGAAUGUUCCGUUCAUCUCGAUCGUGUACUUGGUGAAGCGUGCCAUACUGCCCGAUUUGAGCUACGAGCUGCAGGAAACCGAUCCGGACAUGGCCAUGUGUUGGCACUUCCGCUCGAAGGGCAUUUUUAUGCACGUGAUCAAUACGGAGCAGUAUGGGCAUCUGAUCGAUACGGAGUAUUUCGACAUGACGCGCACCCAUCCGGACUUUUACCAGCUGUUUAACAACCGCCACGAUUGGGAGCAACGGUAUCUGGCGCCGGCGUACAAGCAGCAGCUCGAGGACACCUUCGUACCACAGCAACCGUGUCCGGAUGUUUAUUGGUUUGCGCUCGGGUCGGACCGCUUUUGCGAUGAGUUGCGCGAUAUCGUAGAAGCCUUCGGCGAGUGGUCGGACGGAUCGCAUACGGACAAGCGUUUGCAGGGCGGCUAUGAGGCCGUGCCGACGCGUGACAUCCACAUGAACCAGGUGGGAUUGGAGCAGCUGUGGUUGAAGCUGCUGCAGCUGUACGUGCGUCCGCUGCAGGAGAAGGUUUUCGUCGGCUACUUCCACGAUCCACCACGCUCGCUGAUGAACUUUGUCGUCCGCUAUCGGCCGGAUGAGCAACCAUCUCUGCGUCCCCAUCACGAUUCGUCCACGUACACGAUAAACGUCGCCCUCAACACGGUUGGCGUUGAUUACGAGGGCGGUGGCUGUCGAUUCCUGCGCUACAACUGCUCCGUCACCGAUACGCGCAAGGGCUGGAUGUUGAUGCAUCCGGGCCGGUUGACCCACUUCCACGAGGGUCUGGUGACGACGAAGGGAACCCGCUACAUUAUGAUUUCGUUCGUCGAUCCGUAGAAAGGGAUGGGAAGACUGAACGGAACCGGUAUGCGCACGACUGCCUUCUUCCUACGUCUGACUCAACUGCAACGCGCACGGAGCCCCGUUUCUUCCAUUAUAAUCUCCUCUUCUAUGUGUACUAGAGUCGGUAAGAUUGUGUUCAUUCUAGGUUUUCAUUCUAGCGGGCAAGGGAUUCUGCUGUGCCAUUAGUGUGUACUGUCGCGCCCGUAUGCUCCGGGGUUCGCAUACGCAUCGAACGUAGAUUUUUUAAUAAUAAAACAAAACGAACAAAAUCCAACUAACAUACCUUAA